ACCAUUUUUUCACUUUGUUCAUAUGAUUAUUCCAUAUAUGAAAUAACUUGGCGUAAUGUUUAUUCUUAUAUAUUGAAUGUGAUGCAGAAGUAAAGUAAUAGUAAAGAAAAAAAAAUAUGUAUAUAUCUAGUCAAGAUGGGACUAGAGCUCACAACAACACUGCUCGACUCAAGAGAGGGGCGGUGACCGGCCUGCUGUGGUCAUAUCUUGUUGUUUGUUCAUUUUUUCCAGGUGCUGUCCUGUGUGUAAACUCGGUAGAAUGGAGGAGGUGGACAAAAUUCUGAUCCUCACCUUGAAUCAUCUCGGAUGUGACAUCGAUGAGGAAAUGAAAACAGUAGGAAGCUUUGGAAUUGAGAAGGUAGUGGAAGGUGUGGUGAGGUGCCUUCAUACCAUCUCCAGUGACUGUGACCUACCCAUCUCCCUGCCACAGAACAUGGCUCAGCGCUUUAGGGCAGCUGCUGCCAUUGCUCAGGCUGUAAAGGAUACUGGAUACCCUGGGGAUAUUGGUUACCAGUCUCUCCUGUACCCAAGUGAAGCUGAUCUUCGCAGAAUAUUUAUGUUCUUGAUAGAAAAGCUGCCCAGGGACUCCUCUCCAGUAUCUGAUGAACCCCUCAACAAAGUAACUCUGAUUCACCGAGAGGCCAAGAGAAAAGUGAGUGAGGCCCUCUCCCAGCCCUGGAUACCACCCCACUGCCGCCAUGUGGUACACAAACACUCCUCUCAUGCCUCCCUUACCAAUUAUGGCACUGCACACACACAAGGGUUCAUAUCCAAGCAAUUCAGAGGCUAUGAGGACCCAUCACAACUUAAAACAGAAAUGAAGAAUUACUAUGGAAACCACCUUAGAAGAGUAACCGAGUUAGUGGGUUACAACUGUUUGCUGGCAACACUGCUCAAUACUCAUGCUGCUCAACUGGAGAGAGAGAAAUUUAUCUCAUCUUGUGAUAAUACUAAGGAUAACAAUGAGAAAAUGAAGCUGCAGCCUCUAAUGAGUGAGAGAGAUAUACCUGCGACAGUUCACUCAACACACUCUGCUGAUCUUGAUAUCUUACCCAUUCAAGCAACCAGCAUCAAGAGUGGAGUACAGGGUCAGGAUAUGAAAUCCAUGGAAGAGAAAAACACUGAUCAGAAGGCAGCAGCAAGAAUUGAAGAGAGUGCAGCCAAGAGCCGAGAAGAAUGCCUGACCAACCUUGAGAAAGAGGUAGCCAACAUCAAGAGUAAGAUCAGUGAGUGCACACAAGGAAUGAAGGAUGCUCAAGACACUUUAGCUAAGUUGACUGAUGAAAUAGCACGGGAGGAGGAAUUGACCAAAGAGAAGAGUAAAGAUAUCAAGACAAUGCAACGGACAUCUUCCCUUUUGCCUGACUCAGAUGUCAACAUCCAGAAAUUGAAGGCUGCAUUGAAAAACAGUGAGGAGAAAAUGGGUCGCCUCCAGCAACAGUGGAAUGCCCAUAGGGAGCCUCUAAGUGAACAACUGGCUCACCUCACCAUGGAGAUGGAAGACAAGAAGAAAAACAAGGAGAAAAUCUUAGAGAACAUUGGUUCAUUGAGGGACAAGAUGAAAGCCAUGGUACAGGAAGCCUCAAGGAAGGAGUCUGCAGAGGCUCAACUUAAAGAACAAGUGGAAAAAAUCACAAAAGAUGUCAACAGAUCUGUGUACACCAAGAGAAUUAUAGAUAUAAGUGCAAAAGUUCGAAAACAGAAGCAAGAGAUUGACCGAGUGCUUGCAGACACCAGGACCAUACAGAAGGAAAUAAACAUCCUCUCAGGGAAACUUGAGAGAACCUUUACAGUGGUUGAGGGGACAGCAUAUAAGGAAGCUGCAAACAAUGAGCGAGUGCGGCAGGUUUACCGAGCAGUGGCAGCCGUGCAUGAGGGGUGUGGGGAGCUGGUAGACAUUGUGAGGGAGACUGGAGCAACACAGAGAGAAAUAUCUGAUCUCAGGGAACAGGUUGACCUAGAGAAAACCAAGAAUGUUGAAGAGAAGCUGGAGCAGCUGAGAGUGGAUCUGAAUCAAGUGAAGAAAGAAAAUGCUAGUCUAAAGAAGCAAAUUGUAUAAGAGUUAAUGAUGGGAGUAUACGUUGAUCUAACCAACACUGACUGUAUCAGCAUAAGUUCAUACUUGUAGUUUUAAUUCCCACUGACCAUUUUUCAUUCACUGCCAUAUUUUAUACAAGGUGGGCCAUAAGUUUUCAUACAUAGGAAAAAUAAAUAUUUUAUUUUGGA